AUGCAGCCUCCAGAGGGUAUUCAGAUCGACCUGGGCAAGGCCCAGGUCAUUGACCGCCGCCCAAAAGUCAUUAAGGAAUUGAAAUUCGGUGUUCUAACAAAUGAUGACAUUGUUGGCCAAGCUGUAGUGGAAGUUUCUGACCGAAAGUUUUUUGAUCUUGAGCAUGGCCGUACAGUUGUUCCCCAUGGUCCCCUCGAUUCGCGCAUGGAAUGUAACGGUCACUUUGGUUAUGUGCGAUUGGUUCUACCUGCCUUCCAUGUCGGUUAUUUCAAGCGAGUCAUCGGUAUUCUCCAGGAAAUUUGCAAAGAGUGCUCUCGGAUCCUCCUCCCCGAAGCAGAACGUCGUUCCUUUUUGCGCGAGAUGCGCCGCCCUGGUCUCGACAAUCUGCGCCGACUGCAAAUCGGGAAGCGCGUCAAUCAGCGUUGCCGGAAGACUCGAGUAUGCGAUCACUGCCAAGCUGUCAACGGAGUGGUGAAAAAGGCCGGUACCAGUGCUCUGAAGAUCACCCAUGACAAGUUCCGUGCGUUCAACAUUUCGACUUCUGCUAAGAAGCAGCCCCCGAUCAGCAAGGCCGUCUUUGACGACUCUUUUACCGAAUCACGAAAAUCGAAUGCCGAUGUCGAAAAACAUUUCAAGAAGGCGCAGGACGAUAUGAAUCCCCUACGUGUGCUCAAGCUGUUUAAGAAAAUCUCCGAUACUGACUGUGAGCUCCUGGGCUUGGACCCUCUGGAGGCACGCCCCGAGAUGUUUCUCUGGCAAUUCAUCCCGGCCCCUCCCGUCUGUAUCCGACCUUCUGUUGGACAGGAUGGCGCAUCGACAGAAGAUGAUUUGACUGCAAAACUGGGUGAUAUUGUUCAAAGCAACAUCAACCUCAAGAAUGCAUUACUGAAGGGUGCUCCAGUGAUGACUAUCAUGGAAUGCUGGGACUACAUGCAACUUCAAAUUGCUGUCUAUAUCAAUAGCGAUGUACCGGGUCUGAACAAAGCGGAUUUGGGAAAACCUAUCCGAGGUUUUGUUCAGCGACUCAAGGGAAAGCAAGGUCGAUUCCGUGGUAACCUUUCGGGAAAACGUGUUGAUUUCUCCGGUCGAACAGUUAUUUCCCCAGAUCCUAAUCUUCGCGUGGAUGAGGUUGCAGUCCCCGAACUGGUGGCUAUGAACAUGACCUAUCCAGAGGUUGUAACCCGAUACAACAAAGAGAAACUACAGGGUCGAAUUUUGAACAGCACGAAGAAAUGGCCAGGAGCGAAUUUCUUGCUAAAGAAAGGCUCUACUAUGAAAAUGUCUCUGAAAUUCGGUAACCCAAGGCAGAUGGCCAACAAUCUUCAAGAGGGUGAUAUGGUUGAACGUCACAUUGAAGACGGCGACAUCGUUUUGUUCAACCGACAGCCGUCCCUUCACAAACUCAGUAUUCUUUCUCAUUUUGCCAAAGUCCGACCGCAUCGAACCUUCCGUCUGAACGAGUGUGUCUGCAAUCCCUACAACGCAGAUUUCGAUGGCGAUGAGAUGAACUUGCAUGUCCCACAAACAGAAGAGGCAAGAGCAGAAGCUAUGGAAUUGAUGGGUGUGAAGAACAACUUGGUUACUCCCAAGAACGGUGAACCCAUUAUUUCAGCCAUUCAGGAUUUCAUCAGUGCCGCCUACGUGCUGAGCAGCAAAGACAAUUUCUUUGAUCGCGCCAGCUUCUGUCAAAUCUGUCUGUAUAUGCUUGGCCCAGAGACCCGUUUCGAUCUCCCACCGCCCUCAAUUGUCAAGCCGCAGAUGUUGUGGACUGGUAAACAAGUAUUCAAUAUUAUGAUGCACCCUAACAAGGACGACCCUGUCCUGGUUAAUAUCGACGCUGCAUGCCGUGAGUUCAAAGCCCCCAAGGAUGGCCGAGCCAAAGACUUGGAUCCAAAUGAUGGCUGGCUUAUAAUCCGUAACUCGGAAAUCAUGUGUGGUGUGAUGGACAAGUCAACAAUUGGUUCUGGAAAAAAGGAGAAUGUGUUUUACGUUAUGCUACGUGAUUUUGGACCUCCUGCAGCCGCCGAGGGCAUGAACCGUCUAUCAAAACUGUCAGCACGGUGGUUCACCAACAUGGGUUUCUCCAUUGGUAUCGGUGACGUUUACCCCAGUGAAGGGCUUGUCCAGUCGAAGAACUACUUGGUCGAAACAGCCUACGCAAAGUGUGACGAGGUCAUUGCUCAAUUCAAAGCUGGAACACUUGAGAAAUACCCUGGAUGUGACGAGCUGCAGACAAUGGAGAACCAAAUCUCCGGUAUUCUCAGUAAGGUUCGUCAGCAAGCUGGUGACGAGUGUAUUCAGCAGCUCAGCAAAUACAACUCGCCCCUGAUCAUGGCCACAUCUGGAUCCAAGGGUUCCAGCAUCAACGUGUCUCAGAUGGUUGCACUUGUCGGACAGCAGAUUAUUGGUGGUGAGCGUGUUCUGAAUGGCUUCCAAGAUCGUACUCUGCCUCAUUUUCCGAAGAACGCACGACAGCCUCCAUCAAAGGGUUUCGUGCGGAACAGUUUCUUCUCGGGUCUUCUUCCUACCGAGUUCAUUUUCCACGCCAUGUCUGGUCGUGAAGGUCUAGUUGAUACUGCUGUUAAAACUGCAGAAACCGGUUACAUGUCUCGCCGUCUGAUGAAAUCGCUUGAAGAUCUAUCAACAAUGUAUGACGACACCGUACGUAACUCUUCCGCUGCUAUUGUGCAAUUCCAGUAUGGUGACGACAAGCUGGAUCCCGUGGAUAUGGAGGGCAAAGCGAAGCCUGUUCAUUUCGACCGAACCUUCAACCACUGCGAGGCUACUACCUACAAUAAUAAUGAAAAGAGCUUGUCGUCGACAGAGCUUAUGCGGGUUUGCAAUGAUAUGCUGGACAAAGAACGUGCGAAACUCAGUCGGGAGGAUCUUCUGGGCAAUAGGAUGGGCUACAUGGAUCGCUCUGACACCGGCAUUGAUCAGUUUGAGAGUGCCCGUGAUUUCCUCGACUCCAUUGAGAGUUAUAUCCAAGUCCGAGCUGAUAAGUUGACCCCGCGCAGAGGUGACUCUGAGGAAAGCAACCGACAAGCCUUGGAGCAUACCGGAAAGUUGACAGAGACAACACUGCGUGUCUUCAUUACCACCUGUCUGUUGAAAUACAAGAGAGCACAAGUUGAACCUGGUCACGCAGUGGGAGCAGUCGGUGCUCAGUCUAUCGGUGAGCCAGGUACUCAGAUGACACUGAAGACUUUCCAUUUCGCUGGUGUCGCCGGUAUGAGUAUCACGCAGGGUGUCCCUCGUAUUAAGGAAAUUAUCAAUGCAUCGAAGAAUAUCAGUACACCAGUUAUCACCUGCGAGUUGGUCAACAAGGAAAGCAUUUAUUCGGCUCGCAUCGUCAAAGGUCGUAUCGAGAAGACCUUCCUUCGGGAUGUUCUUCGCUCCCUUACUGAAAACUGGACCCAACAUGAGGCUUAUGUGACAAUUAAGAUCAAUCUCCAGACGAUAUCCCAGUUGCAACUUGAACUUACCAUCCCCAAUAUCAUGGAAGCAAUCAAGACCAACAAACGUUUCAAGGGUGGUGAUCUCAGGUGGCGCGCUGGCCGUAGCUCCAUUCGACUCUACAUGGAUAUGGACCCAGCCACCAAGUCGGGUCUGUCGAAGACUGAGAUCACCCACACGAGUAUUGAUCCAUUCUUGCGUAUCAAGCAUUUGAAACGCAUGCUACCCGACAUCCAAAUCACCGGCCACGCUGGUGCUGCCCGUGCCAUCCUCCGAACUGACGAGACUUCGACUUUCAAUACCUUGCUGGUAGAAGGCUACGGCCUGCGAGAUUGUAUGACCACCGCCGGUGUGGACGGUCUGCGCACCAAGAGCAACAAUAUCAUGGAAGCUCGCGAAGUUCUUGGAAUCGAAGCUGCUCGCAGCACGAUUGUCACUGAAAUCAGUGAAGUCAUGAAGGACAUGGACAUUGAUCCUCGUCACAUGCAGCUUCUCGCAGAUGUGAUGACCUACAAGGGAGAGGUGCUAGGUAUCACUCGAUUUGGUCUGGCCAAAAUGCGUGACUCGGUUCUUCAGCUUGCUUCCUUCGAAAAGACUGCGGACCAUCUGUUCGAUGCCGGUGGUGCUGGACGCACAGAUCUGAUCGAGGGUGUUUCUGAGUGCAUUAUCAUGGGCAAAACGAUGGGGUUGGGUACCGGUGCCAUGGAAAUGGUGCGCAAGCUCGACUUCUACGACAAAGAGCUUGACACCCUUGAGAAUGACUUUGAAGACAAUUGGGAUGAGACUGAACCCAAAGUGGUGAAGAAGGUUAAGAAGGUUAAGAAAACAGUCCGUUAG